AUGCAAGAUAACAUCCUCAAUAAAAUACGCGGACUAUUGAGCAAGACAAACGCUACAAGUGUGGUGCAAGCAGAGUUUUUGGAUAAGGACGGUCGUCGACAAUACCUAACAAAGCUCAGACAGCUCUUGUUUGCCAUCACUAUCAGGCGGUAUCACGACACAACCCUCUUCCUAGACAAUGAUCAGAAUCGACAGAUUAAGCCACUUCUGAACCCUAUCCUCUCAGGAGAACGUUUGAAGUAUGAAGAUGCAUGCUUGGAAAUAUGCAACUACGACUUCAACACCAUUCAGCAAGCACUUAAAUCUAUAGUUGAUCAAGACACCCCUAAUAAGGAUAUCAACUCACUUAUCCCGAAGUCUACUUUUGUUUGA